CGGAAAUAUCAAUUUUAGAGCAAACAUGGCUUUUUGCUUGUGUUUCGGACUUAGACCAAAACGUAAUAAUGUGGAGAAUCAGGAACCCGUUUCUGUUCAGGAAUCCAUACCUGACCAACCAUCAUCGUCUUCUGCCAAUCCAGCAACGUCUUCAUCAGAUCCUGAAGCACUGCUACCGCCACCGCAGAAAAUCAAAAAAUUCUCAUACCUGCAACUCGCCACCGCAACAAACAACUUCAGCCUGGAUGCUAGGAUCGGACAAGGUGGAUUCGGCGAUGUAUUCAAAGGAGAGUUAGAGAUUGACGGACAGUUAAAGGAUGUGGCUGUUAAGAUGCUUGGUCGGAGUAGUAUACAAGGAAACAAAGAGUUUAUUGUGGAAGUCCUAAUGCUUUCAAUGUUGAGAAACAAAAACCUCGUGAAACUGUAUGGUUAUUGCUGUGAAGGCGAUCAAAGAUGCCUCGUCUAUGAAUAUAUGCCUCUUGGAUCUGUAGAAGAUAACAUCCACUGUAAAACAAAAAACAAAACUAUACUUCAUCCUCAAGAAACAAAAUUUAUAAUACAGUACUUAUUUUUUUUUUCAGAUAUCAGAUCUGCUCAAGAGGUUUUAGAUUUGAGCACAAGGAUGAAGAUAGCUUUAGGAGCAGCUAAAGGGUUAGCGUAUCUUCACAACGAUUCAAAACCUAUUGUGAUCUAUAGAGAUAUGAAAACUGCAAACAUACUGCUGGACCAUGGGUUUGAACCGAAGCUCUCUGACUUUGGGCUUGCAAAGAUUGGUCCGAAUGAAGGCAUGUCUCAUGUCACUACUAGAGUUAUGGGAACGCUAGGGUAUUGUGCACCCGAGUACGCGGCUACUGGGCAACUGACGCUGCAGUCUGAUAUUUAUAGCUUUGGAGUUGUGCUGUUGGAGCUUAUCACUGGACGCAAACCUAUUGGGGACUCAACCAUGGGUGCACAACGUUUGCUUGUUAGAUGGGCACUGCCAUAUUUCAGGAACCUAAACAUAAGAAAGAUUGCAGAUCCGAUGUUAGGAAUACAAGGUGAUCCGUACUUGGAAGAAGCUGUGAGAAGAGCCGUUCAGUUAGCGUAUAUGUGUCUGCGGGAACGCGCAAAAGCUAGGCCAACAAUCAGAGAAGUAGUGGAGGCAUUGGAGGUCUUGGUUGAGUACAUAGCGAGGAAAGAUAAGGGAAAUGACAUUAGAUAUGGACGAGGAGUAGAUAAGGGGAAGAAAGUUGAAGGGUCAACUGUUAAUGAAGGAGAUGAAGGUUUGGAGAGAGAUAGAUAUGUUUCUGAUGCUAAGAGAUGGGCUAAGGGUUGUACAAGAGCUGAACGGAGAAAGAGCAAAGUUGCUGAUACUUUCUUUGCUUAAUUUUGUUUGUUUGUCAACUGCUAUAUACUUAAACCGAAUUUGGUUGGUACAAAUGUUAUUUUUUCUUGGUUUACCGAUAUGCAUAACUCCAAUGCUUCUUAACAUUUUGGUUCUUUGAUUAUUUAAAAAAUGGGUAAUAUCUUCUUGAUCGGUUAUAUAUGUUGGUGUUUGACAAUAACAAGAAACACUUCUUGUCCAUUAUUUCGUAACGUUUCAAAUUUAGAAAGAUGAAAAACUGAAAAAAGUUUAUAGUUUUUACAGUUGUGGAUAGUUAAACAAAAAUAUUUUUUUUUUAAAAACAAAUCAGUUGUGUAAAUCGCUUCACAAUGUUAAAAUAAAAACAAACACCUACAUCUAAAAGUUCAUGGAUAUAUAUGCACUUACAAUACAACCGCUAUAUUUGAACCAAUGAGUCUAAGAAAUUACAUACUUGUUUUUUAUAUUUUACCAAUGAUACUCUUAAUUAAUAGCUCAAAACGAUGAGCUAUUAGUUUACAAAUGGCAUCAAAGUCCAAUGCCCUAAAUGUAUAAACUAUAAAAUGAAGCUUAGAAGAGGAAAGAUAUCGACUAACUAGACAAAAUCACGUAAACCCUACGAGUACUUCAACGGAUUUUUGGAAAAGAAUCUAAUCGAUAGUCUCUGAUCUUUGAAUUCCACUUUUAUUACUCCCUCUCCCUCUCUGAAAUUACUUGUACAUUUGUAUUUUUGACACUCCUAUUUAUAUAUCGUCAAACUGUUAGAAGGGACUAUCAUCUACGUUACUCGGUUUCGAUUAACGUUAGAAAGGACUAUUUACAAUAUGUUUGGGUUUUCGACAAAGACGUGAAAACAUUUAUUUUUAAAAAAAAAAAUUUGUACUUGUGUUUUAUUUUUAAAAAUAUUAAAAAGAUUAAAUUAUAUUUUUUAAAAUAUUAGUAGGUUUAAAUUUUAUAAUGGACAUAUUGUUAGGCCCACUUGGGGGGUAUAAUUCAAAUUUCAAGGCUGAAAACAAAUAUUAAUGUUUGUGCAGAAGGUGAGUCCAUCAUAACCCAUACGCAUAUGCAUAGGUUCGCUGUCAUCAUUUUUUUGUUUUCCACUUUUUUUGUUCUCUCGAGAUUUUCAAAGUAAAAACAUUUUUUUUAUUUUAACUUUCACAAUCAAUUAAUAUAGUAGUAUAUCCUUUUCAAAAUCGAACAAAAGUUUUGUGAAAAAAAUUUGCGGACUUUUCCUUUACUGGGCCCACAAAACAAAGUGAUAAACCAAUGAUAAAGUGACACAUCAGCUAAAUAUCGAGUCCCUUUGUUUCUUCUUUAUACUAUAUUAAAAGAAAAAGGAAGAAGUAAAAAAAGCGUGGGGGAGGGAACCCACCAUUAGACUUACUUGGAGGAGAAAAAAAAAAAAAAGAGAGCUUCUUUUAUCAUCGCUGGCUUACUCGUGACCUUGUCGGCUUUCUUCGCCGGAAUCUAAAGAAUCAAUUCGCCGGAGUUUACCAUCUCUUUUGUUUUUUUUUUUAAAUAGAAAAAAAUAGAAAUUGAGGGGUUGAGGA